AGAAAACCCAACGAAGCUAUGAGAUUGGACAUUGCCCUCUUCCCAGUUUUCAUACAUUUGUCAACUUCUACAGAAGCAGAGCGGAACAAUCCCUGUGUGCUGUCGCUCGGAGUUGUAGAUGGUGCUUGUCAGCAUGACAAGCUGCGGCAGCUCACUUAGCGGGUACGUACCAUGACAAUGCUUUGUAGACUGACGUCAAUUUUUGUUGACUGUUGUCCUCGCACCACAAGGAUCAUACAUGAGUUUCCCUUAUCCUGCCGCUCCCCAAAUGAAAGCAGGGAGUAGAGCUGCGGUUGUCCAGCACGGGUAUAGAGGAAGCGCUGGUGCUAUUUGCAUAUAGCGGACGUGUGGCAGGGAGAGCCCGAAGAGGAGUACGCCGGGAUGCCGGAGAUUCAUCCGGUGCUGUGCUGGAACGACCGGGUGCGCACGGGGUUGGGCCGGUACACCGACGGCUCCGAAGAAGAG